AUGGCCCACAAGGCAGUAGAAGCUUCUGCUGAAGAUCAAUCAUGUGCCUCAGAAAGGCAGCAAGCCUUGUCUAGCCUCUACUUUGGAACCCCAGGCUACAUCAGCCAGCAAGACCUGUUGUCAUCUGCGGACAGGCAGGUCCCUGCAAGUGGUACCACAUUGGCCGCAUCCUGCCCACCUACAAUCAAGGAACUCUUUGUUGACUCUGGGCUUCUCCACUCCAUGGCUGUGGGGCAGUACCAACAGCUUUCUGCAUCAGGAAGUCUACUUAGAGAAGCCGUCAGAGCAAUUUUCCCCUCCCGAGAGCUGGCUGGACUUGCCCUUCAGUUCACCACCAACCCUAAACGACUGCAGCAAAACCUCUUUGGGGGGACAUUUUUGGUGAAUGCUGCCCAGUUUAAUUUGUCAGGAGCCCUUGGUACAAGAGGCACAUUUAACUUCAGUCAGUUUUUUCAGCAGCUUGGUCUCCCAGGCUUCCAAGUUGGAGACAGAGCAACUGAUGUAGCCAAACUACUCCCUGUGGGAUUGGACUCUAGUUCUAACCCAGACACUCUCCGUGUCUCUGACAAGACAGUUGCUAUGAAUAAACCAGUGGUGGGUACCUUUGGCUUCAAAGUCAACCUACAAGAUAACCAAAAUGCCUUAAAAUUCCUUGCUUCUCUCCUGGAGCUUCCGGAAUUCCUUCUCUUCUUGCAACAUGCCGUUUCUGUGCCUGAAGAUGUAGCGAGGGACUUAGGAGAUGUGACGGAAAUGGCGUUCAGUGCUCAGACUUGCGGAUGGACACCUGGAAGGCUCUUUGUCCCAUCCUGCACUGCCGGAGGAAGCUAUAAGGAUAUCCAGUGCCAUGCUGGAGAAUGCUGGUGUGUGGAUUCCCGAGGCAAAGAACUGGAUGGCUCAAGAGUCAGAGGGGGACGCCCCAGAUGCCCCACCAAGUGUGAGAAAGAACGAGCUCAGUUGCAAAGCCUGGCACGCAGUCAGCCAGCGGGCUCCAGCUUCUUUGUCCCUUCAUGUACGCGUGAGGGGUAUUUCCUGCCUGUCCAGUGCUUCAACUCAGAAUGUUACUGUGUCGAUGCUGAAGGUCAGGCUAUUCCUGGUACUCAAAGUACAAUCGGUGAACCCAAGCAGUGUCCCAGUGUCUGCCAGUUACAAGCUGAACGAGCUUUCCUUGGAGCGGUGCAGGUCCUGCUCUCCAACUUCAGCAUGCUGUCCUCCCCGUCCAGUGUUUAUAUCCCUCAGUGCAGUGCCAGUGGGCAGUGGAGGCGCGUGCAGUGUGACGGACCCCCUGAACAGAUCUUUGAGUGGUACGAACGCUGGGACACACGGAACAGUGAUGGUCAGGAAAUGACCCCAGCCAUGACGCUGAUGAGGAUCGUGAGCUCUACAGGAGCAGCUUCCAGAAACUUCAGUCUCUUUCUUCAAAGUCUUUAUGAGGCUGGCCAGCAAAGCAUCUUCCCAGCGCUGGCACAGUACCCUUCCCUUCAAGAUGUCCCACAGUUAGUGCUGGAGGGAGUCCUGACUCAGCCCGGGGAGAACAUUCUCCUGGAUCCAUACGUCUUUUGGCAGAUCCUAAAUGGCCAGCUCCACCGCUACCCAGGGCCCUACACAGACUUUAGCAUGCCUUUGGCACACCUCAACCUCAGGAGCUGCUGGUGUGUGGAUGAGAUUGGUCAGGAACUGGAUGGGACUCGGAAUGAGCCAGGCAAGAGCCCAACAUGUCCUGGCCCCUGUGAGGAAACGAAACUUCGUGCCCUGAAGUUCAUUAAGGAAACGGAAGAGAUUGUCUCCGCCUCCAAUGGUUCUUCAUUUCCUCUUGGAGAGAGUUUUUUAGUAGCCAAGGGAAUCCAGCUGACCAGUGAGGAGCUUGGCCUUCCUCCUCUCUACCCAUCCCGAGAGGCUUUCUCUGAGAAGUUUCUACGUGGGGGUGAAUACACCAUUCGUUUGGCUGCUCAGUCCACAUUGAAUUUCUAUCAGCGUCUCCGUGCUUCCCAGGGGGAGUCCGAUGGAGUUGCCAGUCUUCUGUGGUUUGGGCCCUAUGUACCACAGUGUGAUAGUCUUGGAGGCUGGGAGCCUGUGCAGUGCCAUCCUGGGACCGGCCCCGGCCUCUGUGAUGUUCUCAAGAGUGGAGCCCUGACCCAGAAAGUUAGCCCUGGCUACACCCCAAUCUGCGAGGUCCAGGGCGGGGGCUUCUCUCCAGUGCAGUGUGACUUGGCCCAGGACAGUUGCUGGUGCGUCCUGGACAAUGGAGAGGAAGUGCCUGGAACCCGUGUGGCAGGCACCCAGCCUGCCUGCGAGAGUCCACAGUGUCCGCUGCCAUUCUCGGAGUUAGAUGUGAUGGAUGGAGUAGUCCUCUGUGAGACAGCCUCUGGCGCAGGAGUGACUGCCAUUCAGCGGUGCCAGCUGCUCUGCCGCCAGGGCCGUCAGGGUGCAGUCCCACUGGGACCACUGAUUUGUGACCUGGAGAGUCAGCGCUGGGUGUCACCGCCGCCACCCCGAGCCUGCCAGCGGCCUCAGCUGUGGCAGACCAUGCAAACCCAAGCACACUUCCAGCUCCUGCUCCCACCAGGCAAGAUGUGCAGUGCUGACUACUCCGGCCUGCUGCAGGCCUUCCGGGUCUUCAUACUGGAUGAGCUGACAAGCCGUGGCUUCUGCCAGAUCCGGGUGAAUACGUUUGGGACCCUGGCUUCCAGCACUGUCUGUGACAGCUCUUCGGUUCAGGUCGGGUGUCUGACUGCAGAGCGUUUGGGAGUGAACAUCACGUGGAAAUUGCAGCUUGCUGAUAUCUCAACGGCCUCACUUCCAGAUUUGCACAGCAUUGAAAGGGCUUUAGUGGGCCAGGAUCUUCUUGGGCGAUUUGCCGAUCUGAUCCAAAGUGGCAAGUUCCAGCUUCAUCUGGACUCCAAGACCUUCCCAGCAGACACUGCCUUGUACUUCCUCCAUGAGGACAGCUUUGUCACCUCUCCCAGGACUCAGCUUGGGUGCUUGGAAGGAUUCUACAGAGUUUCAGGCACCAGUCAGGACCCUCUGGGCUGUGGUGUCACUGACUGUCAGAGGAAUGAGGCUGGCCUACAGUGUGACCAGGAUGGCCUGUACCAAGCCAGCCAGAGGGACAGGGAGAGUGGCGUAGCCUUCUGCGUGGACAGAGAAGGGCAGAGGCUACAGUGGUUGCAGGCAGAGGCCGGGCUCUCGGAUUCCCAGUGUCUACUGAUACAGAAAUUUGAGAAAGUUCCAGAAUUGAAGGUGAUCUUUGAUGCCAAUUCCCCUGUGAUAGUCAAAUCCAAAGUCCCUGGUGCUGACUCCCCACUGGUACAGUGCUUGGCAGAUUGUGCAGACGAUGAGGCCUGCAGUUUCCUCACGGUGUCCACAACAGGGCCAGAGGUUGUGUGUGACUUUUAUUCUUGGACAAGAAACAACUUUGCCUGCAUGACUUCUGAUCAGGAGCAAGAUGCCAUGGGCAACUCCAAGGCAACCAGCUUCAGGAGCCUUCUGUGCCAGGUGAAAGUGAGGACUAGCGGUGCGGGCUCUCUGGCUGUGUAUAGAAAGAAAGGGCAAGAAUCCACUGCAGCUGGUCAGAAGAGUUUCGAACCAACAGGUUUUCAAAACGUGCUGUCCGGGCUGUACAGCCCUGUGGUGUUCUCAGCCUCGGGAGUCAACCUGACAGAUGCACACCUCUUCUGUCUGCUUGCCUGUGACCGUGACUCGUGCUGUGAUGGCUUCAUCCUCACACAGGUCAAAGCAGGGCCCACUAUCUGUGGACUUCUCAGCUCUCCCGACAUUCUGAUUUGCCACAUCAAUGACUGGAGGGAUGCUGCUGAUACUCAGGCCAAUGGUACAUGUCCUGGGGUGACAUAUGACCAGGGGAGCCGCCGGAUGGCCUUGAGUCUGGGAGGCCAAGAGUUCCUGCAGGGUCUGACGCUCUUGGAAGGCACUCAAGACACCUUUAUCAGCUUCCAGCAGGUGUACCUCUGGAAAGAGUCUGACAUGGGGUCUCGUCCUGCAUCCAUGGCAUGUGGAAAGGAUGUGGCGCCUAGGUUAGACCCUCCAGCAGAAGCAGGUAUUGACUCUAAAGAGUUCAUACAGUUGGGGUGUGCCCAGGAGCCUGCUUUCUGUCAACUUACAGACGUAAUGGAGACCACACCUUUGUAUUUCACAUGCUAUCUCUACCCAGAAGCCCAGGUCUGUGACAACAUCUUGGAAUCUAAUGCCAAGAAUUGUAGCCAGAUUCUGCCCCGCCAACCAAAGGCCCUCUUCCGGAAGAAAGUUGUGCUGAACGAUCGAGUGAAGAACUUUUAUUCUCGCCUGCCAUUCCAAAAGCUCACAGGGAUUUCCAUCAGAGACAAAAUCCCUAUGUCUGGAAAAUCCAUUUCCAAUGGGUUCUUCGAGUGUGAGCGGCUCUGUGACAGGGACGCAUGCUGCAUUGGCUUUGGUUUUCUAAACGUCUCUCAGUUGCAAGGAGGAGAAGUGACCUGUCUAACUCUGAACAGCAUGGGGAUUCAAACAUGCAGCGAGGAAAAUGGAGGAACCUGGCGCAUUUUGGACUGUGGCUCUGAGGACACUGAAGUCUACACCUAUCCCUUUGGGUGGUACCAGAAGCCUGCUGGGCAGAGUGGCACUCCCAGCUUCUGCCCGUCUGCUGCCCUGCCAUCCCUCACCGAGGAGAACGUUUUUGAGGAGAAUGUUUGA